AUGGAGAUCCCUACAGACAAAACUGAGGCCUUGGCUGAGACCUUUGGGACCACAACCUAUGACUACGAGUGGGCACAGCCCUGCGAAAAAGUCAACAUCAAGGAGCUGGGAUCUAGGGUCCUACCUGCCUUGUACUCCCUGGUGUUCACUGUUGGCCUUUUGGGCAACGUGGUAGUCGUGGUGAUCCUCGCAAAAUAUAGAAGGCUCAGAAUUAUGGCUAACAUCUAUCUGCUCAACUUGGCGAUUUCUGACUUGCUCUUCCUCUUCACUAUUCCAUUCUGGAUUCACUAUGUUGGGCAUAACGAGUGGAUUUUUGGCCAUUUCAUGUGUAAGUUCCUCUCUGGGUUUUAUUACCUGGGUUUAUACAGUGAGAUCUUUUUUAUCACCCUGCUGACCAUUGACAGGUACCUGGCCAUUGUCCACGCUGUGUUUGCCCUUCGAGCCCGGACUGUGACUUUUGGUGUCAUCACCAGCAUCACCACCUGGGUCCUGGCAGGGCUGGCAGCGCUCCCUGAAUUUUUCUCCCAUGAGUUGCAAGGGGACUUUGGAGAGUCUGUCUGCAGCCCUCUUUACCCUGAAGACGACAUGGAUAAAUGGAAACAUUUUCACGCUCUGAGAAUGAAUAUCUUGGGUCUUGCUCUCCCUCUGGUCGUUAUGGCUGUCUGCUACUCAGGAAUCAUCAAAACGCUGCUGAGAUGCCCCAAUAAAAAAAAGAACAAGGCUAUCCGACUCAUUUUUGUCAUCAUGGUGGUAUUUUUCAUCUUCUGGACUCCUUACAACCUGGUUAUCCUUCUCUCUGCUUUUCAAAGAGUCUUCUUGGACAACAACUGUGAGCAGAACAAACAGCUGGACGUAGCCAUGCAGGUGACAGAGGUCAUCGCCUACACCCACUGCUGCGUCAACCCCGUCAUCUAUGCCUUUGUUGGUGAGCGGUUCCGGAAAUACCUGCGCCACUUUUUCCAGAGGCAUGUGGCCAUCCAUGUGGGCAAACACAUCCCAUUCCUUCCUGGUGAGAAACUGGAAAGAAGCAGUUCUCUCUCCCCAUCCACAGGGGAGGUGGAAUUCUCUGCUGUGUUUUAG